GUUUGAUCGAUGAUUACAAGAACCUCCAUGGCAAUGCCCCUUCCUCGUCUGCUCCCCGGUGGCAGCCACCUCCUUACCACCAUGGCAGGGCCUUUGGGGCUUGCUACCCUCGUCCGGGCCGGAGAGGCUUCUCGCACCAUGGGCCUGUGUGGCGCAAGAAAUACUCUCUUGUAAACAUGCCCCCAGGGCCUUCAGACCCCCCCGGUGACCGUGCUGUACAAUCACCUCUUUGGGGUAGGGGCAGGAGCAGUCAGGGUCCUGACCCCCAGCAGUGUGUUCUUGAGAGACAGGUCCAGCUCAGCCCGGAUCAGAACAUGGUCAUCAGAAUUAAGCCACCAUCAAAGUCUGCCUCUGCCAGUGCUUCAGGGGCCCAGCAGGGCUCUUUUCAGGAAUAUGAGGAUACCCCUUGGGGUAACCAAAGACCCCAGGGUGGUGAAGGUGAGCCUCCAGGUGGCCAGCUGCAGCCCUCGAGACCAGGAAGAGCCAGGGGGAGCUGCAGUGCAGACUACCCUGUCCUGGUCUGCCAGGAGGAGCCCAGCAAGCCGCGGGUGGUGAAGUCUGCUGGUAGUGUGAGCAACAGCCCCUCAGAGCCCCGGCGGACAGCCAGUGAGAGUGCAGUUGCAGCCAAGGCCCGCCCCACGCCCUCCACCCUGCCUGCGCGUGCUGCUGAGGCCCCAGGCCGGCAGGCGGGCACGCCCUCUGCAGGCAGCUGUGCUGCGCAGCUCCUCGCGGGUGGACCUCCACGUCAGCUGGCCCCCUCUGGACCACCAGCCAGCCCUCCAAGACCUGCCUCAGGACCCAGGCCAGCUCGAGAGGCUCUGCUGCUCGCACCCUGCCGGACAGACAAGUUCCGGAAGAGCAGCUACAAGUGGGUAGCUGCCUCAGCGAGGAGUCCCCGGGCCACUCGGAAGGCCGGGAAUCCCAGAGUGGCCUCAGAGACCAUGUGCAAGGUGCCCUUUGGCACAGAAGAAAAGACGGAGAAGCUUCAGCCCCGAGCUGGCCCAGAGGCGAAGUCCAGGAAGCCGGCUGCGUCCUCCAAGCCUGGGCCCUCGCCAAGCAAGUACAAGUGGAAGGCCUCUAGCCCCUCUGCCUCCUCCUCUUCCUCCUUCCGUUGGCCAUCAGAGACUGGCAGCAAGGAGCAUGCCUCCCAGCUCUCCCCAGUGCCAUCCAGGUCCCCUCCAGGGGACUCAUCAGCAGUGGGACCCAGUGGUUCGAAGCCACCCUUGGGUGAGACCCCACUCUCAGCUUACAAAGUGAAGAGCCGCACCAAGAUCGUUCGGAGACGGGGGACCACCAGCCUUCCUGGGGACAAGAGCAGCCCCUCACCUGCUGCCCUCGCCAAGACCCACCCCAGCCUCCGGAGGAGACAGGCCUCGCGGGCCAGGAGCAGCCCAGUCCUGAGGAAGACCCCCAACAGAGGCCUGCUGCAGGUCUCCAGGCACCGGCUGUGCCGCGUGCCCCCCAGCAAGGCCCACCUCUCCUCCAAGGAAGCACCCAGCCUGCAUCCCCUGCGGACUCCACCCUCCAGCAAGGUGAUCAAGACCCGCUACCGCAUCGUCAAGAAGACCCCAGCCUCCCCUCUCAGCGCCCCACCCGUUCCCCUGGCACUGCCCUCCUGGCGGUCCCGGCGAUUGUCGCUGUCCAGGUCGCUGGUGCUGCACCGCUCGCGUCCCUCUACUGCUGCCACCGGGGGUGGGAAAGGCCAGCCUGGCUCCCCUCGGUGGCGCAGUAAAAGCUACCGCUGCAUCGGAGGGGUCCUGUACAAGGUGUCUGCAAACAAGCUCUCCAGGACCUGCAGCCGGCCGAGUGACGGGAGCAGCAGGCCCCUCUUCCGCACAGGCCGGCCGGACCCUGUUGGCAGCUGCAGCCGCUUUCUGGCCAGCCGGGCCGUGCAGCGCAGCCUGGCCACCAUCCGGCAGGCGAAGCAGAGGAGGGAGCGGAAGAAGGAGUACUGCACAUACUACAACCGCUUCGGCAGGUGCCACCGCGGCCAGCGCUGCCCCUACAUCCAUGACCCCGACAAGGUGGCCGUGUGCACCAGGUUUGUGCGAGGCACGUGCAAGAAGACGGACGGGACCUGCCCUUUCUCCCACCAGGUGUCCAAGGAGAAGAUGCCCGUGUGCUCCUACUUCCUGAAGGGGGUCUGCAGCAGCAGCGACUGCCCCUACAGCCACGUGUACGUGUCCCGGAAGGCCGAGGUCUGCCAUGACUUCCUCAGAGGCUACUGCCCCCUGGGGGCAAAGGAAAUCCGCUGCCCAGCGCCCCGCCAGACAGACUCCCAGCGGCCCCCCGUCGGUGGCUGCCGCCUCGCCCUCCCCAGGGCUGUCGGCCUCAGCCUCAGCCUCAGCCUCUCCCUCUCCCUCCUCAUCCUCAUCCAAGGCCUCCUCCUCCCCCUCCUCCCGCUCCCCUUCCCCCUCCUUGAGCCGGGAGAAGCCAUCCGCUCUGGAGGAGUCUACUUCCUCCAGGAGGACGGGCUCCAGCAACCUCUGCAAGCUGCCCGCCUUCAUCUCCCUGCAGUCCUCGCCCAGCCCGAGGGGCACGACCAGGACUCGGGCCCCCCGGAGCCCUCCCAGCAAGGACCCAGGGAAGCAUCUGCACAUCAAGCCACGGCUGUGAGUCCCCGGGGCCGGCCGGCACCUACCUCAGACCCUUGCCCAGAAGGAAGGAGGCUCCACCGUCCCCACUCUGCCCCGAUGCCCGCCCGACCACACCUGCCCCACGUCAUCUUUUCUGACCCACGCCCAGGACCUUGUCUUCCCUCAGGGUGGGCCCUCGCUGCCGGCCUCUCUUAUCCUCACCUCCCUGCCCCGGGCCUUGUCCUCCCUUGGGCUGCCCCCCCCCCCACCCACUGGCCGCCCCUGCCCCGGGCCCCAGGCUUCACACCAGGACUUGCUCCUGGCCCCUACCCCUCACGGUGCCAGGCAGGGCAGCCCUAAGUCUGUCCCCUCCGUGGGUGUGGUAGUGGCCAAAUGGUGCAUCCCCUGCCCUCCCCACCCAGGACUCCUGCCUGGAAAUGGCCAGACCCCUGGCAGGCUCUGUGUUCAGCAAUAAAGGUCUCUCCUGUGUC